UGUGUGGAGUUUUGGAUAUUUCCUCCUUAUAUAUAAAUGGAGUUUUUGGAAGGCUUGAGGCAUGAGGUGCCAGUAAGCCGGCAAAAAAUUUUGGCAAAUCCACUCAGUUUUCUCGGCAGAAUGAGAUUCAACGAUGAUGAGCAGAUUUUUAUCCCUCAAGACUCAGCAGUCGUACCGGGAAGAGUCCAGCUGAUAAGCAUAAAUAAUAAUAUGGUACCACUUGAAGAAAGCAAGCUAAGGGUGAUGCUGGAGAUCACCGGGAGAGAUUCCAGCCAUGACCGACCCGGAUUGGAUCUUGUGGCAGUAUUAGAUGUCAGCGGAAAUAUGGCCGGAGCAAAGAUAGCAAAAGCAAAAACUGCCAUGCUAUUUAUGAUCAAGAAACUUAGCUCUAUUGAUCGUUUCUCUCUUGUGACAUUCUCCGGGGAUGCCAUAAGGUUGUGCCCAUUGCGCCAGAUAUCCGAAAAUUCUCGAAAGGAACUUGAAAAUCUGAUCAAUGGUUUAAAGGCCAGCGGUAACACCAACAUCACUGCUGGUCUUCAAACUGGCUUAAAAGUGAUUAAUGAUCGUAGUCUUAGACGCGGGCGUUCAGUUGGCAUCAUGCUUUUGUCCGAUGGGGAGCAGAACACCGGUGGUGAUGCAGCCCAGGUUCCGAUCGGCAAAGUGCCUGUACACACAUUCGGUUUCGGCAAAAAUCACCAAUCUAAGCAGAUCUUGCGCCGGAUGAUUUUCUGCAGUUGCUCCUGCCUUUCGGCUUCUUUGUCACUUUAUUUCUACCCUGGUUUGCCUGCAGCAGCUCUUAGGCCUGUGCUCAAGGCUAUUGCAGAUAAUAGCAUUGAAGGAACGUUCUCAGAAGUUCAAAACACGGCCAACUUGAGCAUAGCUUUUUCCCAGUGUUUGGCUGGACUUCUCACUCGCGUUGUUGAGGACCUGAAGCUGACAAUCACAAGAUGCGGAGACGAAUCGAAAAUACAACAGGUAAUUGCCGGAAGCUAUCCACAAUCCAAGAACGACACUACUGGCUCUAGAACUGUUACGUUUGGCAGUCUCUACGCCAAAGAGGUGCGCAAGGUCAUAGUAGACCUUCUACUCUCUCCUGCUGAACAGGAGCGGGGUGCAGGUGUUCUUGAAAUUAGUUACUCAUAUAGGUUUCAGGGGAAAACGUUUCAGGCACCUCCUGCGAUCCUUACUGUAUGUCGCACCCGGAAAUCCGCAGAUCAGCAAGAGAGGUCGGAGGUGAAAAUUGAGGAGACCCGUCUCCUGACUGCAAGUACGAUAAAAGAGGCAAGAGAAAUGGCUGACAUAAAUGAACUUCGCAAUGCUCGGUACAUGCUUUUUGAAUCCCACAUCUCAUUGGAGGAUGCGGAUGUUGAAUCUAACCCAUUGGUUAAGAUGCUGAAGUCCGAGCAGCAACAGCUCUUGCAAUUGAUGAAAUCACAAAAAAUUUAUGAAAAGCAAGGGCGUCCUUUUGCACUCUCCUCUGAGACUUCCCAUGAUCGCCAGCGUUUCGCUGCAAGAGGUGAUGUGGAAAGCCUGCGGCUAUUUGCCACUCCACGGAUGGACAAAUAUCUUAAGCAAGCCAAGUCGUUUGACGAGGAUCCCAGCAAGCCGCUGCCCUCGGUGGAUGAGGAUGAGAAGGAAGAACUCGCUGCCAAUCCCCUUGCUCCCAUCGCUGGUGCUAUUAGCUUCUACCUUCAGUUGGCCAUGAAGUCUCUCCAAGCCAUUGAAAAAAUAAUCAAUUGAGGCCCUUGAUUACUUGGUUAUUUCUAAUUUAUGUUUUGCUUUUGCAUUUCAAUAAGUUAGACCAUUGUGUAUCUUGCCCUAGGCAAACUCAAUGCUGCUGCUUAUGGUAAUUAUUGGUUUGUGCAA